AUGUCCGUCCCCAAAAAGCCCCUCCUCAAAUCCUUCUUCCUCCUCCUCCUCUUCCUCUCCUUCCUCCUCUUCUUCCACCUCUACCUACAAUCAAAGAAAACCCCGAUCUCCUCCGCCAUCGUCCCCUCCUCCACCGCCGCGCUCAUCCGCAUCCGACCGGGCUUCCGCUCCUACGACGACUACAUCAAGCUGCAACUGAACAAGACCCUCAACCCCCGGCUCCGCCACUUGUGGGCGACCCGCGACUGGGACCGCAAGGUCCGCGUAUUCUCUCGGUUCUUCGCCGACCUGGCCGCCGAGGGCCUCCUCUCCAACGCCUCCGCGGCGCUGUGCGUCGGGGCCCGCCUAGGGCAGGAGGUGGCGGCUCUGCGAGGGCUGGGCGUGGGGGGCGCGCUGGGGAUGGACCUGGUGCGGGCACCGCCGCUGGUGGUGGCCGGCGACUUCCACGCGCAACCCUUCCCGGACGAGUCCUUCGACUUCGAGUUCUCCAACGUGUUCGACCACGCGCUGUACCCGGAGCGGUUCGCGGCGGAGGUGGAGCGAACGCUGCGGCCGGGUGGGGUGGCGGUGUUGCAUCUGGCGGUGCACCGCCGCGGCGACAAGUACUCCGCCAACGACCUCCUCGGGGGGGUCGAUGGCCUCGUCGCCCUCUUCAACCACUCCGAGGUGGUCCGCGUCCGCAAGAUCGACGGCUUCGGCCUCGACACCGAGGUGGUCCUCCGGAAGACGAACACGAAGAGUAACAAACCAACAACUAAAUCAAAAUAGAGGUCACCUAUGACUUGGGAAUUCGAGGAUUCUUUGAUCGAGAUGAGGCGUUUGGCGACGGGAUUGGAGCACCGACACCAGGAUGAUAUACUUGAUAAAUAACAUGAUCAAUGUUUGACUUUUGUGGUUUAAUGCUUGCGUCUUUCUUGGUAUCUUCAGGGUUUGGUGGUACCAGCUUUCUGUUACGUGGCUCACAUGGGAGUAGACACUGUAACGGUUGAGGAUGCUUAAACCGCGUUGUUCGUGA